UGCGAGCGGCCGUGAUGCACGAUGGUUCGGGGCGAUCGAUGGGAGCGAGCGGGCGAGCUGGUGCGUGCGCCUCUCGCGCGGACGGAUUCAAAUCGCCGGCGGCGAGCGCGAGGCGCGGCGGCGAGUGCACUUUGCUGAAAAUGGCAGAUGAAUUAGAAAAGUUCCUUGAAGAACAAAGGGCCAAAUUAGCACAAGAUAAACUCAAGCUGGGCCAAGAUCCACCAUAUAUGGAAAUGCGAACAAAAUCUUCAGACCCAGUCGGUGCCACCAAUCAAGCAGUUGACUCAACAGCCAAUGGAAAUAGCCUCCCAAUUAUUCAGCCUACAAAACAAUAUCCACAUACCGAUAGAUCUAAAGAAGAAAACUAUGGGUUAAGCCUGCCACUUGGAUUAGAAUAUGAUCAAAAGAAGCAGAAAUUGAAGGAAGAACUUCGUCAAGACUACAGACGCUAUAUGGCUGAGAAAAAUUCUAGGAUUGAAAGGGAGUUGCAGUCAACAGUUGAAAACCUUUCACUUCCCAUUUCUGACAGAAAAUCAGCGAAGGACAGAUUGAGAAUGGAAAGAAACCAAGAAUACAAUGAAUUAUUAAGAGAACAAGAUAAAUAUGAGCAAUUAAGAAGAGAUGGCAGGUGGAUUCCAAAGGAAAAUAUUGAUCCUUCGGAUGAAUCCGGAUUUCAGGCUGCACGUCACUUAAGAUCUGGUCAACAAUCACAUGAAUCUGUUUCUUAUAAGAAUGAUGCACGUACAAUGGAGGCCUACGAAAAGUUGUUGAAUAAAAAGCGUCAGGAAGAGGAUAGAUAUCGCAGUUCUGAUGAUCCUGAGGUUGGUCAUCGAAGGUUAUUCCAUUCCAGAAAUGUGCAGACACAAACAGAAAGAUCAGGGGAUUAUGAAAAUAAUUUUCCAGAUUCAAGCAAGUACUUUCAGAGAUUGAAAAAUGAAUACAGGCAGUACAAAGAGCGGUAUGAUCAGGAGCUACCACUGUACAUUCAGGAUGAAUAUAAGAAAGAAUACGGAAGGCGUCCUGUUUCAGCCACAGAAAAAUCUAGAUAUUUAAUAAAUGAAGUACAUGAUUCACCAAGAGAACGCUCCAAGUCUGCUUUAGUGAAAGAUGAUGCCAUAUUUGGUACUGGUUUAUUAUUAGGUAACAAUGAACGCGAGAGUGCUCAAAGAAGAAGAAUGGAAAGAUACAGACAAGAAUUGUUAGAACAAAUAUCAGAAAGGCAGAAAAGCAAGAAAAGGGAGAAGGAGCUUGAGCUCAAUGUUGCUGCUUCAGGAGCUGUUGAUCCAGAGAAGGAACCAGAUCGAAUAAGGCAGUUUGGUGCUAUUACGCACCAACAUAAUUCCCGCAGACGUGCUGCCGCUGACCAAAAAGGUAAAGUCCUUAUUGGAAAAUAUUCAAGUGAUGACCGAUCUGCUGAGGAACAGCCACCAGAGCGACCCAGGGUAGCUUUCCAGGCCCCUGCAGCUGAUGAAAGGAAUCACAGUAUUGGUCUGCCUGAUGGAAUGUGGAAUCCUCUUAGGAAUUUAAUGGCUCCAAGGGUCACUACUGUUCCUCCCCCUCCACCACCUGCGCUGACGGAACAUUACCAUACACCUUAUGACAGUGCAUAUUAUUUUUAUGGGGCUAGAAAUCCCUUGGAUCCAAACUUGGCUUACUAUGGUCCAGGAGUCAUUGGAACACAUCCUGUAUCCUUGAUCAACCCUCAAAAUGGGCUGUCCAAUGUACCCAUGCAAGGUUAUCUACAUAAUUCGUCGGUAGAUCAAUCUUAUGUGCCAAAUGUUCGUGAUGCCUCUACUUCUAAGAACUUAGAUGGUGGAUUCUUGCCAGAGCAACAAGCAUUUUUAUCAAAGGAAAGUACACAAACUUACCAGGAUUUCUUGAAAAAGCAGAUGCAAGAAAGAGAGGAAAGGAAGAGAAAAGAAAAGGAGGAAACAGAGAGAUAUGAUGCAAAACUUGAGCAGGAAAUGAAAAUAUACAAUCCAUGGGGAAGAGGAGGAGGAGGAGCACCUCUUAGAGAUGCAGAAGGAAAUUUGCUAACUGAUCUGAAGAAAAUGCAUAAGCAGAAUGAAAAUGCCUAUAGAGACUUCCCUCAUCAAGGAAAUCAAGACUCCAAAAAUACAGUACCCCUUAAUUUGAAUUUAACCAGACCAGGUGCGGAUACUCCUCAACAGAAAGCCCAAGGGUUUACAGUUGCAAAUGCACCACAGAUUUACCAAGGAAACCCAAUGAUUGAACAACAUACUGAAAGAAAAGUACCUGAUCAGGAAAAAUAUAAAGAAUACCUACGCUUACAAAUUGAGGAAAAGCGACGCAAAGCAGAAGAAGAACGUGAAAAAUGUAAACUUGAAGAGCAACGAGAGGAAAAACGAUUAGCUGAGCAGAGAGCACGAAUUGCAAAAGAACUUGAAGAGGAGCAAGAAAAGAAACGACGUAAAGAAGAGGAGCAAAGGCUUAAAAAUGAAGAAAUUGUACGGUUAGCUGAAGAACGUCGAAAAUUAGCAGAAAAAAAACGAAAAGAAGAAGAAGAAAAGCAGGAGUUGUUGUUUCGACAGCAAGCAGAAAGGGAACGGUCUGCAAGGGCAGAUGAGAAGAGACCACCUUCCCCACCAAUUCCAACUGUGAAGAACAAACAGUUUACAUUUCCAAGAGCUGAUUUGUCUCCUGCAAAUGUUUCCAUCCAUGAAUUAGACUUGGAUCGUCCACAUUCAGGGACCAAGUCGCCGCCUGUUCCUGCUAGACGGAAUCAGCUUCGAGCGCAUGAAGAAAAGAGAGAUAUAAUUAGUGAACUAUCGGCUUUGAGAAGACAGCUGCGAAGUGAGGAACGCCGUCUUGAGGACCAGUUUCAAAAUGCUGAUAUAGAAGAUGAUGGAGCAGUUGCAAAUGUCAGGAAGCGAGAAAGAAAUCAGGUUGAUGUUUUUGACUUGGCCAGGCAGCGUAUACAGGCCCUGGUACACCGACCUUCUUCAAAAGGAAUGGAAUCUGUUAAUUUACAAAACAUUAGAGAAUUCAAUGACCUGAAGUACAGAGAUUCAGCAACACGUGCUCAAGUAAGACAAAUGUAUCCAGACCCUCCAAAUGAUAGUAACACACUGGAGAUUCAACAGGAGGCCUUAUUAAGAGAGCAGAAGAAGAAACUGGAUGGUAUGAAAAGGAAAGCAGCUUCCAAUAUGAAUUCACACCAUAUUGAUUUGCAGACCAGAGAUUCACAGGAAGAUUUGACAAAAAAUUCAUUGCUGGAAUCAGAAAGUGCCUUUUUAGGAAGUCAUGGAGAAACCUUCCAUUAUCCUGUAGAUGCUGAGACAACAACAGGUAAACUACCUCCUCGUGAGAGACGGCGUCGGAAUCAAAGCAGACAGAACUUGGAAUCUGAAGGUCGUCCUGCUGUGCAACCCAUAUCACAGCCAGAUUCCAUCUCUCUGCACUCUGUGUCCAGUUUUAAUUUGGAUCAAGUAAGAGCCAGAAAUGAACAGCGAAUGAAACGUUUGCAAGAUCUUCAGCAUUCAGGUAAUGAUAUCACAGUGGAAGAUGAUGACAUUCUGGGCCAAUUCAUUUCAAAAGAUAAGGGAAGACCAAUCUCUGUUGAAACAGAGGCUACGGAAGUAUGGCUACGACCAGGAACAUCAGAAACUUUAAAGAGGUUUAUGUCUGAUCACACACAGCUUGACCGAGGACCUUCAGCCAAUACAUCUGCUUUCAACUGGAGAAGUCAAAGGCACUUUACAAUAAAUGACUAAUUUGGCUGAGAAAAUUAAUGAAUAUGUUUGCCUUCAAGAGAGAAAAGUAGACAUUAUCGCUGCACUUUGUUACUUGGGUAAAGUUCAGGUCAUUGUAUACAAACGAUUUUCUCCUGCAAACCACUUUGUGGCCUUUAAUGAAAUGCAAAACAACCUCGAAGAAUCUUUAAUCUAUUUGCUGUUUCUCACCAAAUGUAUAUUGAAAUGAUUUCCACAUGAUCAACAAUUCAGAAAAUUACACUGGAAAAGGUCUAAACAAAUUUUGAAUAUUAAACCUGGCACCAAACUGUGCUGCUAACUAAAUGUAACUUCUAUUUUUUUCAUUCAUGAUUUUAUAACUUAUGUUGAUAUUCAAAUCUGUUGCAAUGACGUGUGUUUAAAAUAAAACUUAGUAAAGCUGUAUUUUAAAAGGAAAUUUAUAGUUACCUCAGCAUUGAUAUAUAAAUGCAGGAAUGAGUAUUCCUCUUGUGCCCUGUGUAUUAAACAUUUCAAUCCUGGGAAAAAGAUACUGUCUUUCUACUCAUUCAUCUCAUCAUCUUUUAAUCUCUAUCAGAUCUUCUUUCAACCUCCACCACUCCAUAGAAAACAACCCAAGUUUGUCUGACCUCUUGUUAUAGCAUAUGCCCUCUAUUUCAGGCAGCAGCCUGGUAAACCUCUUCUGCGCCCUCUCCAAAGCCAUGACAUUGUUCCUUUAAUGGGGCAACCAGAAUUGUAUGUAAUACUCCAGAUGUGGUCUAAUGAGUUUUUUUUAAAAAGCUGUAACAUUCUGAUUUUUUAACUCUAUGUCUAAGAAAGGCAAGCAUGCCAAGUGCCUUUUUAAUUUGUGUAGCAACUUUCAGGGAGCUAUGAAUCUCAAGAUCCCUCUUCUCAUCAACACUGUUGAGGGUUUGGAAGACAUAGAACAUUAGGCCAUUCAGGCCAUUGAGUCUGCUCUGCUAUUCCAUCAUGGCUGAUUUAUUAUUCUUCUCAACCCCAUCCUCCUGCCUUCUCUCCAUAACCUUUGUACCCUGACUAAUCAAGAAAAUAUCAACCCCAGCUUUAAAUGUAUUCAAUGACUUGUCCUCCAUAGCUACCAAUGGCAAUGAGAAGUACCCUCUAGUUAAAGAACCAUCAUUUCAUCGCUGUUCUUAAUGGAUGUCCCUCUAUUCUGAGGCUGUGUCCUCUGGUCCUAGACUCACCCACUCUAUCCAGGCCCUUUAAUAUUCAAUAGGUUUCAUUGAGAUACCCCCCACCCCCAAUCCUUCCAAACUACAGUGAGUGCAGACCCAGAGCCAUCAAAUGCUCCUCAUACAUUAACCUUUUCAUACCCAAAAUCAUUCACCUCUGAACCUACCCUGACCCCGUAACAAUGCCAGCAACAUCCUUGCUUAGAUUAGGGGUUCAAAACUGCUCACAAUACUCCCAAAUGCAAUCUGAUCAAUGCCUUAUAAAGCCUCAGCAUUAGAUACUUGAUAUUACAUUCUAGUCCACUCGAAAUUAAUACUAACAUUGCAUUUGCCUUCCUUACUUCUGAAUCAGCCUAAAAGUUAACCAUAGGGAAUCCUACACGAUGACUUCCAAAUCCCCUUUGCACCUCUGAUUCCUUAAUUUUCUUCUCGUUUAGAAAAAUAGACUAUGGCUUUAUUCCUUCUACCAAAGUACAUAACCAUACACUUCCCUACCCUACUUUCCACCUGUCACUUCUUUGCCAUUUCUUCCAAUCUAAGUCCUGUAGACUUCCCGCCUCCUCAACACUACCUGCCCCCCACCUAUCUAUUGUCUGCAAACUUGGCUAUGAGGCCAUCAAUUCCAUAAUCCAAAUCAUUGACAAAUAACAUGAAAAGAAGCAGUUUCGAUUCCAACCCGUGUGGAAUACCUCUAGUCACUGGCAGCCAAACAGAGCAGGUCCCCUUUAUUCCCACUCUUUGCCUCCUGCCAGUCAGGCAAUCUUCCAAGCACGUGAGUAUAUCACCACGGGCUCCUAUCUUUUGAAAAUCUAAGAAAAUCCAUUGACUCCUUUCUUUAUCCUGCCCGUUAUUUCCUCUAAGAAUUUAGACAGAUUUGUUAGGCAAGAUUUCCCCUUAAAGAAACUAUGUUGACUUUGGCCUAUUUUAUCAUGUGCCUCCAAG